AAAAUGAAUUAGUAAAUGAAGAUAAUGCUUGUCCUGGAAGCAAAGGUAGUGAUAUUGAUUAUUUAGCAAACAAUGGAGUAGUUGAUAAUGUUUGUUCUGGAGUGAAAUUGAAAAUGACAAAAUUUAAAAACAAUCUAAAUAAAGUUAGGAAUAAUAAAAGCAAAAAAAUAAUUGUAAUUUUACUUCGAUUAGACGAUUUGUCAGUUUUUACUUUUUUACUUGAGUAA